CCUUUACUGUUCCACCUCCUCCAUCCGUCGCUAUUUCUGAUAUUUUUGUAGGUUAGAGGGCAAAGACGUGGACCUGGCGAAGGCAGUGUGUUGUACCACAGGAUUUUAAAAGAAGUACUCGCUGGACGGGAUUACAGAAGGGGCUGCUGCUGUUGAUACCGUGUGUCGUUUGCUCCGCGUUUACUUCAUUUUAAAGGCAAACGGGCAUCUCUUGGUUAUUUGUCGUGAGACAUUGGGGGGCAGCAAAGCCAAGGCUGGUGUCGAUCUCACGACUGAUCGAUUUGUCGAAUCAUUCGGUCUUAUGUGAAGCCCACCCUUGCUACUAGUUGGGCGCUGCUGACCUUGACCAGCAGAUAAUGAAGCAACGGGGCCUACAGUCGUGCUGCUCGGAGCGAACCGCCGUUUUAGCAAGGAAGGCAUGAUGUGAUGCUUUAUAAUAAGUUAUGAGAAGAUUUUUCACAUGGCUAUAGAGGCAACAGUUUCAUCUCCUGGUCCAUCUGAGCUGCCGGCACCAGCUCGUAAAGACUUUUACUUUGUCCGAUCAUUUGUUGCUGGAGGUGUUGCAGGAUGUUGUGCCAAAACCACUAUUGCACCUUUAGACAGAGUGAAAAUAUUACUGCAGGGUCAAAAUCCUCAUUACAAACAUCUAGGAGUUUUUGCUGCCCUUCGGGCUGUUCCAAAAAAAGAAGGGUUCCUGGGACUCUACAAAGGAAAUGGAGCAAUGAUGGUUCGGGUUUUUCCAUAUGGAGCCAUACAGUUUAUGUCUUUUGAACGAUACAAAAGGAUACUGAGGAAAAAAUUUGGGAUUUCUGGACAUGUGCACAGAUUAAUGGCAGGAUCCAUGGCAGGAAUCACGGCUGUCAUCUGUACAUAUCCUCUGGAUGUGGUCCGAGUGCGGCUAGCUUUCCAGUUCAAAGGAGAGCACAGAUACUCUGGCAUCAUCCAUGCCUUCAAAACCAUUUACAGAACUGAAGGAGGGUUUUCUGGCUUCUAUAGAGGAUUGACACCUACAAUCAUUGGCAUGGCGCCUUAUGCAGGAUUUUCUUUUUUUACUUUUGGGACCCUAAAAAGUGUUGGACUUGCCCAUGCACCAGGUCUCCUUGGCAAACCUUCUUCUGACAACCCUGAAGUCCUUGUUCUGAAAACCCAUAUAAAUUUGCUGUGUGGAGGAAUAGCUGGUGCAAUAGCACAGACCAUUUCAUAUCCAUUGGAUGUUGCUCGACGUCGGAUGCAGUUAGGGGGCUCUCUUCCAGAUUCUGACAGAUGUCUUUCCCUGUCCAAGACCUUGAAGCACGUAUAUGUACAAUACGGAAUUAGAAGGGGGCUCUAUCGAGGUUUGUCAAUAAACUACAUUCGCUGCAUUCCUUCCCAGGCUGUUGCUUUCACCACUUACGAACUGAUGAGACAAGUUUUAUAUCUCAACUGAGCUUUAAAAUCACUACAAUGUGAAGAUCAAAUUUGCAAGAAAACGUAUCUGCCUGCCUGAUAAACUGUAAUGGCUGGUGUUGAAGAGCAACUUGAAGACGAUGAUGCUACUGUGUCCCACCAUGGUGUCAUGGAAGGCUUUUGGAUCCUGCAAUAUAAAUGUUAUUUCAAACUAAAUCACAGUAUAAUCAUCAAAAGUGCAAAUUAUUUUUUCAACUAUUAUUAUUAAGGAUUUGAUGUUUACUUUUCAAUGUGAUUUUUAUUUUUGCUCUUCAUUUGAAAUUUUUAAUGUGUAUAAUAGAAAAA